CAGAAAUGUUCACACAAAUAUGCAUCGAAGGCAUGUUCUUCCAGCAUUUAAUAAAUUCAGAACAAUGUGUGAUGCAAGCAUAUAUACUUAAAAAAACAUAUAAACUAGGCAUAAAAUCCUUGGGAUUGAGAAUUGCCUAGUCUAAGCAAACAAAACAGCCCAGUUUGCUUACAACUUACAAGCCGUGCCGUUGUGGGUGUAUGCUUAUUCCACAACCCAAACAAAACUUCACCCGCACUUCAUCUCAACUCUCACCUUUUCAUUAUCUCCAUUUGCACCCCCAUAAUAUUCAACUCCCUCACUUCCACCUUUUCUCCAUCCCCAUACCACCAAAUUCCACCUCUUCUGCUAUCCAUGGUUUUCAUGCACAACACAUACUAUAUACAUAUUUAUCAAAUGACCAUAUGCCUGGGAAGCAUGAGUACGGAUGCGGGUAGAGAAGUGAGUGCUACAGGGAUACGGAAAUUCGACAAAUUUAAAACAUAUGGAGAUUGAGGUGUGUGGGGAUUCGACAAAUAUUACUAUAUUAAAAAAAUAUAUUAUGCAUGUAUUUCAAGAGUUAUACCUAUAUUUUAAUUAAAUAAUCAAAUUAAUAAGUUCAAUAUCCGUAACAGUUUAUAUUAUGAUUAUUUGAUAACAUAAUUAUUACAUUAUAUAAUAAUUAAGUUACAAAAUAUUCAACUAAUUACAAAAUUAAUCAUUAAUUUUUUUUUUGGAUAAUCUUGGACACUCAAGAUUCCCAAGAAAUGGAGUGCGUUGUGCGGUGGGUUGGUCCCGAUACACUGGCUACCGGGUUGUGAGAGUUGAGGUCGCUAAGGUCUGAUGGGGUGCACUGUUUCGAGAAGCGUUUUUCGAGGCUUAAAACUAGGAUUUUAUGCUUCACUCGUGCGCCUAAGACUUUGACUGGAGUCUGGGCAUAUAUAAUAAGAUUGCCCCCCUUGUCCUAGUCUUAAACAAAGUCUGAUGAAAUUUACUUAGCUGGUUUUCUUCAUUUCUUGAAAUUGAGAGAAUAGGCUCUGUCUCUGUUACCAUUUGAACAAGAUUUGUAUUUUUUGUUCUUGUUACAUUUUAUGAGCUACUUCUUGCAAUGGAUUCUGGCAGUUCGAAACACAGUUAUUCGCUGCAUUCAAGUCCUUUUUCGUCUCCAAAAGUUUCUGCACUUCUAAAAAUCAAGAUUCUUUCAUGGAGCCAGGAGAGCGGUUUACCUAUAUCUGUUCGUGUUCAUGUUGCCGGUAGAACAUUUAACCUUCACAAGUAUCCACUGUUUACGAAAAGCAAGUACUUGAACAGAAAAUUGAGAGAUUCAAAUGAGGUAGAGCUACCAAGAGAUUUUCCAGGAGGACCAGAAACUUUUGAGAUGAUUGCCCUUUUCAUCUAUGGAGCUUCCACUUUAGUCAAUCCGUUUAAUGUUGCUGCACUUAGAUGUGCAGCAGAGUUUCUUGAGUUGAGAGAAGAGAGUAACUCCCGGAACCUGUGUGAAAGGUUUGAUAUUUAUCUGAACCAAGUUGCAUUGCAGAACUGGAAUGACACUUUGAUUGUUCUCCGAAAGUGUGAAACAUUGCUUCCAUGGGCAGAAGAGCUUCGAAUUGUGAGCCGUUGCAUAGAGUCUCUUGCAUUUAUGGCUUGCAUGGAGAUUCUUGAUCCUGAAAGGAGGAGGGACCAGCCAGUAGUCACACUGGAGGCUUUGGCUAGUCAAGCUUGGAGCCAUCAAAUAGUGGAGGAGAUCGUGGAUGUCUGGAUUAAAGAUCUUAUUGCUUUGCCAUUUAGGUUUUUUCAAAGAAUAAUCAAGUCUUUAAGAAGACAAGGUAUGAGGGAUAAGUAUGUUGCUCCCAUCAUUCUUUUUUACGCGAAUAAGUGGGUUUUGUCUUUAAAGACAGGCAACUUCAGGGAGAGUUCUGGUGAUACAAAUAGCCAGAGUCUGGCUAUUUUACAAGGUGUUGUUAGUUUGCUGCCUAUGGGAGAAAACGCUAGUAAGAUCAUACCUGUUGGGUUUUACUUUUCGUUGCUUUCAAAGUGUCUGGAACUUGGCCUAACAAAUGAUACUAUUAAUGCAAAGUUAAAAGAUUUAAUUGUGUCUCUAUUAAAUACCGCUUUUCUUGAGGAUUUUCUUCUGCCAACAACUGAGACAGGUUCAUUCUCUUCCAGCUUUGAAUUAGUCACUAUGGAGAGUAUUUUCUAUUCAUAUGUAUCAGUUAACAUAAGCUCGAGCAGUACCCCAUUGCCAAGUAUGACUAUUGUUGCAGAACUAUGGGACAUGUAUCUUGGUCAUAUAGCUACUGAUCCAGUAAUGAGCUCUAAACGAUUUAUGGAUCUUAUUGAAAUUGUGCCGAUGUCUAGUAGGCAAAACCAUGAUUAUCUUUACAGGGCACUGAAUACCUUCCUUCAGGUGCACCUUGACUUGUCGGAAGAAGAAAGAGAAAUGAUAUGCAGGGACCUUAAAUGCCAGAAAAUGUCACAAGAGAUUUGUGUUGAAGUAGUUCAAAAUGAGUUGAUGCCACUGCGGUUGAUUGUCCAAGCACUUUAUGUUCAGCAACGAAGCACACACCAAGCGCUCAAAGAUUGCUCUGAGUCUUUCAGAUAUACAGUUUCCAGCAAAUUCUCAGAAAACUUGGCAAGAAGCCAAAUUCUUGGUGCAAGUCCAUAUAUAGAAGGAGAAGAAACAUGCAGCAGAACCCUUAGUUUUUUGCUGCAGAGAGACUUUGCAAUGGAAAGCUCUGAGGCCUCGAUGGAUGACUACAAGUCCACAACUUGUAGAAUUCAGAAUCUUGAACAUGAACUCAUAACCUUAAAGGAGAAAAUUGAAGUACAGAACUUCUCAAAGAGUAUAAAUCAACCGACUUCAGAAAAACAACAGAGCUUAAAACCAUAUUGUUUGGGAGCAAGAACGUUGAGCAAGAAGAGAAAUCCGAUUGGACACGGGACAGGUUGCAUAGGCUCUCUGAAUUUCAUAUCUCAAAGGAAGUAUGUCAACAAUUUACUGAAGGUUUUCAGAAGCUUACAUUUGCUAGGAAGCAAAAAGAAGAAGAAAAAACCCCGAGCCCCAAGUCUAUGGCAAAAGUAAAUGUAACAUGUUAAGUAUAGUUUUGUUAUUUUAAUAACUAUGUCAAUGUACUUUCACUUGCUUGAUUAGUAGAAGAAAAUUCUGCAAGUAUUUGGGUUUUCUGUACUUCGACUUUGUAUAAGUGUGUAGUUAUAGUUAUGAAAGGCCUCUUUAACAUGUUAAUCAAAAGCAACAAACUAGCUAUAUGACUAUAUGACCAAGAUAUAUGUCCCAUAGCUCUGCAACAAUAGACAAUACUUCUGUGGGACAUAUAGCUACUGAUCCAGCAUGGCUCUUUGUGUAGUCAAGCAUUCAGAGGUGUCCUGGUCAGAGAAGUGCAACUGAUUCACUGCAGUUCCGAAGAUCAGAAUUCUUGAUAAUCAUCAGGAGUUCAAUAUUUAUGCCAUAAGUAAGGACCAGGAACAUCUCUUCUGGCAGUUUGUUAGGCACCUAUCUGUUAGCAGAUCUAUUGUAAAAUUAAGCAUGAUUUCCUGCAAUGUGUUGCUGCUAUGCAGUAUAAUCGAGUCCAUGUUUAUCAAUAGAAAAUAUCUCCAACAUUCUAAAAUUGUGUUUUCUCAUACAUAUGGUAUGUAGUGUUUUUAUAUGUCUAACAGAACGCGAUCACAGAGAUGAUGCUGUUGGAUUAUAUAAUCUUAUCUUGUGUAUACUAGAAUAUUCCUCCACUGAUUAAAGGGAUGGAAUAUAGACUUAUCAGCAGUCCAUAAGUAGCAAUAAUGGAGGAAUCAUCAAAGCAGAGGAUCUUAUCUAAAUAAGGAAAGAAUCAUCAGUCAAUUUCAGUCUCAUGGGAUUCAACUCAUCAUUUGCUAUAAAUUGCGUUGAAGGAGAGAGUUCUAUCCAGCAGCAGCAAUACCAGAGAUCGAAAGGUACUCUUGAGAACAGAGUUCUGAAGAUCAUCAAACAAUGGCUCAACUAGUUCAAAUCUGUGAUGUCAAGCCAAAUCUUGUGACUGUCCCGCAUUGCAAGAACACCAUCGAUGUUCAGCACCUCAAGAAUGGUACUGAAUAUGUGAGGGCAUGCGCUCUUCAGUUGGAAGGGAACUGGCAAAAACAUGGAACUUACAUUGAGUUACUAGAGAGCACCGACUUCAAAGUUAGCGGAGAAUGUCAGCUGAGAGCUGGAGAAGACCCUUAUGUAGGCCAUUUUGUGGUCGGGCUGGCAAAGCACCAUAGCAUGGGAAAAGUGAAAACUGAGAAAAGCCCUCCUUAUGAAGAGUCCGAAGAGGACUUCACUUGUCAUUUGCCUGGGAUAAUGACACCUAUUGCUAGAGGUGGCAAAAUGUGGUUUUGGUUUGGUUUUGGUUCUUAUAAAAUGUAUUUGGUUUGGAUAGAUGAACCAAAACCAUUUUCAAACCAUAUAUUAAUAAAUGUGGUUAUGGUUUUAGUUUGAAUUAUGGAUAACUAGUUUAGUAAGCAAAAAUAAAUAUUAUAUAAUGAACAAAAGUUAAUACACUCAAAUCACAAUAUAAUGAAUACUAAAUAUAUAACAAAAGUGGGUGUGAGUGUGUGAGUUGAUGGAGUGGUUUAAGCUCUUGGCUUCUCCAAGUAAGGUCAUGAGUUCGAAUCAUGGGAUGUGCAUGUGUGAUAAUUAGCAAAAAGAAAGAAAGAAAAGAAAAGGAGCAAAAAGAAAGAAAGAAAAGAAAAGGAACAUAAUAGUGUGUGUGGAGAGUUAUAAGAAAUCUUAAAAGUGAGACCAAAUAUGGUUAGAACCAUAUUUUGUGAGAAAUAUGAGACUAGAAACCAAACCAAAUCCAUUUUUCUAAAUGUGAUUUCAAAUAGAUCCAAAUUCACAAUUUUGUUUUGGUUUGGAUUGGAUUAAUGGUUUUGCAUCCAUAUUGCCACCUCUACCUAUUGCACUAGGUCCUUGUGACGAUGAAUAUGUCAAAUUUUCGCUCACCAGUGCUGAACCCUACUGGAAACUGCAGAAAGGCCUGAUCAUAUAUGGUGUUACUUUCACUCCUAUGGAAAUGGCUUAAUAUAAAUGUGAUCAAAGUAGCCAUAAGCGUGUCAAAUGUCAAGCUCAUAGCUUAUGUUGUUUCAGUUCAUUUCAUGCAUGUAAUAAUGAAAUAAUUACAUUAACACCAGCAAGGUUGUUAAUGUACUAUGAAAUAAAGAGAUUAAACCAUAACUACCAUUAGGUAGAUGGUUUAUCCUUCUAAUUAAAUCCUU